AAUGAAAAAAAACCCUCCUCUCCCACCCGCCAUUGCUGCUCACCUACGACGAGCUAACCCUUCUUCUUGACGCCUCCGCCGCCGCCGCCCCCUCCUUCUUCUCCGUCUCCAAGCUCCAAUCACUCAGUCCACUCUGCGCGCACAGCCAUUAUCUGAAUCCACCCUGAAAUGGCUUCCAAGGAUUCUGGAUCGGGCUACUCCCGCAAACAGAAAUCUCUCGNAUUUGCUUUUGUGUCUGAAUACCUCACUCUAAUGUGCCUGCCGUCUGGAUUUCUAUUCAGUUUUUUGAGCUUGUACAACCGAGAAGGGGUUGAAACCAUAGGGCUUGAUGAUGCAGCAACGCAGUUAGGGGUCGAGAGGAGGCGGAUAUAUGAUAUUGUGAACGUUCUGGAAAGCGUUGGUGUUCUUGCGAGAAGGGCCAAGAAUAGAUAUACGUGGAGAGGAUUUGCAGUUGUCCCAAAAGCUCUCCAGGAUCUGAAGGAAGAAGGGAUUAGAGAGAGGAUGUUCGCGGUUGAUGGAAAUUUUGCAUUGCAAGUUUCAGACAAGGAAGGUGAUUUGCAUCAAUCAAUCGAUUGUGCUACCGGUCAGGAUGAAAAACCAGACUUCUCAUCGGUGGCUGGACUUGACAAAAAUAGAAAGGAGAAAUCUUUGGGGCUUCUCACACAAAAUUUCAUCAAGCUUUUUAUCUGCACUGAUAUAGAAAUGAUUUGCCUGGAGGAUGCUGCAAAGAUACUGUUGGGUGAUGGCAAGUCUCCGUCUAUGACCAAAAAUAAAGUUAGAAGACUGUAUGAUAUUGCCAAUGUGCUGUCCUCAAUGAAAUUCAUUGAGAAGACUCAACACCCGGAAACAAGAAAGCCUGCUUUUAGAUGGCUGGGGUUGAGUGGCGUAGCAGAAAUCACAACAGCUAAUGUUUCAGACCAUAAUUUGGGUUUUGAUCAUCAUCAUCAGCAUCAAUCCAAGAAAAGGGCAUUUGGGACUGAUCUCACAAACAUGCAAUCAAUCAAGAGGAGCAAACUGACCUCCUCAGUAGAUGGUGGUGCAAUAAAACCACAAGCCCAAAUCAAACAUGAGAGUGUGGAUUGUGAAGCCAAUCUGGAUACUGGAUCAGGCACAAGUGCUAAUGGUUUUCAUUUUGGUCCCUUUUCUCCUACUUCAACUAUACCCAAAGUUGAACCUCUCGAGAACAGUGAAAGGUCCAAAGUGAUUAGCGACCUUGAAAGUUUAGGAUCUACAUUAGAGUAUCACAACCAAGCUUUAAGAGACCUGUUUUCUCACUAUACGGAAGCGUGGAAUUCGUGGUAUUCUGAAGUGGCAAGGAAGAGACAAACUAACUGUUAGUUCUGACUAACUAACUUUGUAUUCUGAAGUUCUGACUUUCUUACAGAAACAUUGCUUUGUACUAGUUUCUUACUCCAUAUAGUUUUGUUUCUUAACAUCAUGUCCUAGAUGUGUCCACCAUCCACCAAUCAAUUAAAAGAAAAACUAAAAUAACUAGGGAGUACUUUU